CGACCCCGGAAGCAAUCGCCGUGCCCGAUUCCUUUGCUGCAAAUUGCUGCCAAGGGGCGAAGGAAUCGUCAAACGUCCUCUUCUCCUCUCCCCGUGUCAAUGUUCUUCUCUCCCGCUUUGCUCGCGAGUCUCUUGUCCGUCUUGUUGUCUCCCUGGGCGGUGACCGGAGGCAGUUCGGAGCGCCCCGCUUUUAGGAAAGAUGAAGAUACUGUACAGUUGCCUGGUGGAAAAUUGGAAAUUAGAACAAACGUAUUGGAUGGUAAAAAUGAAGACAGAUCCUUCAGGAUAAUCAAACCAUUUGUUAUGGACAAGUAUCCGGUCACCAACAAAGACUUCCGGGAAUUUGUGAAGGACCAGAAAUACAAAACGGAAGCCGAGGACUUUGGCUGGAGUUUCGUCUUUGAGAAUUUUGUCCCUGAAGAGCUUAAAAAGAAAGUGACACAAAAACUGGAGUCUGCACCAUGGUGGCUUCCGAUUGAGAAAGCAUUUUGGAGGCAGCCUUCAGGUCCUGGAUCCAGCAUCAAAGACAGGCUAGACUACCCAGUGUUGCAUGUGAGCUGGAAUGAUGCUCAGGCUUUUUGCAAAUGGAAAAGAAAGAGGCUACCAACAGAAGAGGAGUGGGAAUUUGCUGCUAGGGGAGGCCUCGAGAACAGGUUGUAUCCUUGGGGAAAUAAAUUCUUAGCCAACCGCACAAACCUCUGGCAGGGCAACUUUCCCAAAGUUGACAUAGCUGAAGAUGGCUUCCGUGGAGCAUCACCAGUAGCAGCGUUCCCUCCUCAAAAUAAUUAUGGCUUAUACGAUUUGCUAGGAAAUACUUGGGAAUGGACAUCCUCCGAGUAUCGUCCAAAUGGUCCUGCAUCCCGCCAGCUUGGUCAAAAAUUGUGUGUCCUGCGAGGAGCAUCCUGGAUUGAUACAGUGGAUGGCUCUGCCAAUCACAAAGCUCAGGUUACAACGAGGAUGGGGAACACUCCCGAUUCUUCUUCAGACAAUUUGAGCUUCCGAUGUGCCAUCAGCCUCGUCAAGCAGCCAGGGCAGGAAGCUGUCCGCAAAAAGGCUGAACUCUGAAGACAAUAUUAAACUCUUCUAAAAAGACCCAGAUCUUUUCUCCUAUGGAGAUGGGUCAGCCUGCAUUUUUGUUGGCAAGACUUUGGGUAUUUUUAGCAUGAUAUUGAUAAAAGGCAAUGUUACUGUUUAGAACUAAAAAUGAAUAAAACCUUUCCACUGGUUGUAAGUAUAA